AUGGCUGAUUAUUUAGAUAAAAAUCCAUCUCAAAAUCUUUCAGAACCUGCUAACUUUAUACCUGCACUUCCUGUUAUAGAAGCAUCUUGUACUGGAAUAAUAAGUGACAACUCAGAUUAUUUUUCUUAUUAUGCAAUGCUUAACCACGAAAAGCGUCAUGGAUCUCCCAGACCUAUUUAUACUGAAAGCAGUAGAAUUAAAAGGAAUUUUUGGACAUCAGUAUUUGGACGCGUAUUUAAGAAAGCUGCCACCGUCACAUACAAUCAAUUUAUGUCGAGGGUGAUUAAAUGGUAUGCUGCAAUCGUUCAUCAUCCAAAACGACUGAUUCCUCUUCUUGGUGUGUAA